UAUCAACAAAUUGCUUAUCGAAUUGAAACAAGGUUAGGGCAAAAUUUUACCCAUUUCAUUAAAACUUAAGCUACUUGCGUGUUUUAUCUGUUUAAAAUGUUACAACCAGUGAUGCACAUUUUAAAACAUAAGAACAUUAUUUUGGCCAGUGGUUCUCCAAGGCGUAAGGAACUUAUCGAAAAUAUUGGGCUUAAAGUGACUCUCUGUCCAUCUAAAUUUGAAGAAAAUUUGGUGCCUUCAGAUUUCAAUAGUUUCUCUGAGUUUGUUGAAGAAACAGCACUGCAGAAGGCCUUGGAAGUAGAAAGACGUUUGACCCAAGAAGGACGAGCCCCAGAUAUGGUCAUAGCUGCUGAUACCAUGGUGACAUUGGAUGGACAGAUGUUUGGCAAACCCCAGGAUCAGCAAGAAGCAUUUGAUAUGUUGUCGAGCCUCUCCGGAAAAGGACACACGGUGUACACAGGAGUUGUCAUAAAAACAAACAAAGAUGUGGUGAAAUUUACGGAGAACACCAAAGUAUUUUUUGGGAAAAUCGAUGAAGAGCAAAUAAAGGCUUAUAUUGCUACUGGAGAACCUAUGGAUAAAGCUGGCGGCUAUGGAAUCCAAGGCGUCGGGGGCACGUUUGUGGAGAGAGUGGAGGGAGACUACUUUACCGUCGUCGGCUUCCCAUUGUACCGGACUACCUCGAUACUGUACAAUAUGUUCAAAAAUAUAGAAAAUAAACUGACAUAAGUUGAAAAGUCUUUC